AUGGCUGAAACAAACAGAAGUGACACUACUUACUUAAUUCCGGCACCUAUAAUUACUCAGCCAGCAGACUCAGUAAUAAGUCUAGAACAGCUUGGUUGCCAAAAUAUUGUUAUUGGCAACAUCAGUGGUGCCAGCUUACGGACACAUGUGAACAACAUCAUGAAUAAACAGGAACCAGCACAAACUUCACUUAGUGCAGAUCACGUACUUCAUGGAAAAUGUGGGAACAAUUUACCACUCAAGGUCUCAGUCACAAACCAGCUGAGCCAGUCACAGAGUCAUUCUCCGUCACCUCUAAAUGAAUCUUCUGCUUCUGACUUGUUUCAGGGUUUGCAUACUCAUAAAACAUUUAAAGUUAGAAAUGAAACAUGUGUUACUUCAGGCAAAGUUUCAGAUUCCGAAAGUGAUAGAGCCCAGUUAGCUUCAUCAGAUACAGUCAUUUUAAGCUCAGAAUCUGUGAAUGUAUCUGAUAGUUUGCCUAUUUCAUCAUUAUUUAUUUCAAAUGACAAUGAUGCUGAAAAAACCAUGAGAAAAGGUAAGGGACUUUUGCAAAACACAAACAAGCCAUUCAGCUUACUUACAAACAUCUCAGACAGGUCCGUUUCUCUUGAGAGCAUACCAUCAACAGGUUUGUUCCAGCUUGACCAGGAACAUGCUUGCAGUUUUAGCCUGUAUAAAUCAGAUUCUGAGGAGACGUCUGCCUCCAGUAAAGCUGUUUCUGAACAGAUAAUUUCAGCAAUCACUGACAGUUACACUACAAGUGAGAAAGCUGUUUUGGGAAGUAACAGGAUUCCAGAGUCACUUAUGCAUUUAGUGAAACGUUUCCAGCAUGCAAAGUCUCCUCAUCAGCAGAUCUGUUUAUUAACAUCAUUAGUAAAGGAUAGAGGUAACACAUCCACAGCAGAACAAGACAGUAUUGAUCAGGUUCAGUGCUGUAGUCUUCCUGUUAAUAGUCUGGAAGCAAUUGCAGAAGGAAGAAAUAGUGACGCAGAUAUAGAAACACAAUUUAAAGCAGUUUCAGUAAUUAGGAAUCAUGAGAGUGAUCUGUCUAGGUCUGAUACUGUUAUUUUAAAUGUCAGCAAAGACAGCAGUUCAGCUGGUUCAGGCUUAGUGCUUUGCCGUGCUGACACUUUAAUCCUUGCCUGUGAGGAUAAGCAGGUGCAUUCUAAUGAAAAGUCAUCAGAAGGUUUCAGCUUCACUUCAUUCAGCAGUUCUGGUGGUCCUUCCUCUCUAGAGUUGCAGACAGUUGAACCAAUAAUUCAUCAAACUCCAUUAGUUUUGGGUAAUUCAUUAACAAACCAAUCAUCAGGAACUCUACCAGUUUUAGCAUUUCAGAAUGAUAAUGUGAAUAAGUCACUGUAUGUAGUAACUAAUGAAGGCUAUCUGGCUGCUGUGAAGUAUGUUUCUCCAGAUCCAGUGGAUGUUUCACAGCUUGUUCAGCUUGGGCUGUUUAGCAGUGUGGAUGUUAACCCCCUGGUUUUCAAUCCUACUGUUCCUGAAACUCGUUCCAGAAACAUGGAGGUUAAAGAGACUCAGACGGAGCUAGUGUUUGGGACAAAUACAUUGCAGUUUAAAUUUGUAGAUGCUGAACAAGAUAGUAACACAAGUUUAGUCCAUGAGUUGGUCAGUAUGGGAUUAUCAAAUCCCAUACCUGAAAAAUCGCCUUUAAUCCCUUCAGUAAUUGUUAUAACUGGUCAUUCUAAGGAACCAGGCCAACCUCAGGCGGCUGUUAUUUCAAUAGCAGAGCCAACUGGAGAUGGCAAGAUUGCACCCACAAUUCUGGCAGCUGUGAAUCAGUUGACAGAAUGUGGCAGUACUCAACUUCAGACAUCAGAACCGGGGCUCCCAGAUACGUCACCUACAGACAACUGUGAUGUGUUUAAAUGUAUGGAAUGUCAGGAUACAUUUAAAAUAAAACAUGAUUUAGUCAAUCAUGAAAAACUUCACAAGAAAGGAUUUAAAUGUGAUUUGUGCAAUGCCACAUUUACCCGGAUAGGAAAUUUCACCAGACACAGAAAGAUUCACAAGCUUGAAACUGAGAGCCAGAAUGUGUUCAAGUGUAGUGAUUGUGGCAGAGAGUUCCUUCAGCGUUGUGAUCUGAAGCGCCACCUACUGAUCCAUGCCAAACAAGAGCCUCAUCGUUGUGAAAAGUGUGGCAAAGGCUAUAUUCGACGUAGUGACUUGGUAGUUCACAUGAGGUUCCAUAACAAAGAUAAAGCUUUCAAGUGUUCCAUGUGUGAGAAGAAGUUCUUUCAGACAGGUGACCUCAACCGACAUGUUCGGCGUGCUCACACACCAAACUGUCAUCUGACAUGUGGCCACUGUAAUCGCAAGUACGCCUGCGAAUCUACGCUUAUACGCCAUAUGAAAGCUGCACACAAAGACAUUAUUUUACGCACAGCUAAUGCAGUAAGCGAGAACCUCCAAGAACCAAAUUCAAGUGACAAAAACCCCUCAGUAAGUACCAAGGAUGUCCUGUUCACAACCACAAAAAGAUCAGAAAGAAAGCAUUAA